GCAGACGUAACACGGUUGGGUCAAACGGGGGCGCUCGAAGUCGGUAGUAUAGGAUGGGCCGCUAACGAAGAAGAAGCCCUAGUCUUCCUUAGCCAAACUAGCCGAGAGGGAUUUUGUCUCCUUAUCUCCAAAUAAGUCGUCGCUUAUUUAUUCGUAGUUCCAUCCAAAAUGAUUCUUACAGUAAAGCCGUUGCAGGGAAAAGAAUGCAGCGUCCACGUGACUGAAGAUGAAAAAGUUUCCACAGUGAAAGAGCUCGUAUCAGAACGUCUCAACAUCCCAGCCAAUCAGCAGCGGUUGCUUUAUAAAGGCAAAGCGCUCGCAGAUGAACACCGACUAAGCGACUACUCCAUUGGGCCAGAAGCUAAAUUAAAUCUGGUUAUCCGUCCAGUGGGAGAAAGGACCGGAGCUUCGGCAGUAGCCACCGGCAGCGGUAACUGCAGCGCUACACAAGGGGGAGUGUGGCAGACUGUGUCCGUUAUCCUUGCAAAACACUUCAGUCCUGCAGAUGCUGCAAAAGUCCAUGAACAGCUGAUUAAGGAUUAUGAGCGUUCCCUUCGACAACUCAGCCUGGACGACAUUGAGCGCUUGGCUGGCAGGCUGCUUCACCCGGAGGUGGAGGGCAUGGACACGUCGUCGUACAUGGACUAAAGGACGGGCUGGCGUGCCCGAAACUGCCUACCGCGAAUGCUUGGAUAUACGUCAAUAAAAUGUGAUGCGGAGAGCGCUGUGUGUGCCUAAUCAGCAAGCGAGCAUGGAUAGCUAGUUAGCUCUGUGACGAAACACCAACUUACCUGCCGAAAGUUGCUCUGUGUCGUCAAUGCUGCGGUAACGCAACGAGACCUAAUCACAGAAUAUUUGAAUACAAUGGAAUCAUUCAUGCCACGGGUCUCAUGUUUUACAGCUCCCAGGGAACACAACUCGUCUUUAAGGAUAUUUAUUUUUAAUGUUUGGGUGAUGUGCAUUGUGAAAAGACAAGGCAGUACAUUUUCUCUUUGUCAAUAACUAAUGUUCAUUGUAUGAAUUGUAAAUAUUCUGUUUAUAUUCAGAUAUUAAAAGUGGAACAACUUC